AAUUAAUUUGAAAAUUCUAAUUAGUAAAGUUAAUUAUUUAAAUAUAUAAAUAAUUAACUUUACUAGUUUUUGAGUGGUUUGCAUAAGAUCUUGAGGAUUUAGAAACAUGUCUUAGAGUCUAUUUAAAGCCAAACAUCACUGUUUAAUAUUGCUAUUAAACACACAGGUUAUUGACAUGCAUACCAAAAUUCUCAAUACCUACCCUAAGACUGUAAUUGUGUUCGUUGUAUCGAAGUUCGUUCUCAUUGCUUGCAUAUUGCAUUACUCCAUAAGUACGUUCAAACACGUGGGCUCGGGAAAUCCCACGAAAUUGAUAGAUCCUUCUUCAAAAUUUAAUACGGUACUUUCCAACUAAGUAAUCAAAUUCAACACUUUUAUCCAAACGUCAAAAACGAUACUUUUCUAUGAAAAUUUUAUGAAAAACUGAGUUAUGACGAACGUCAUAACAUUUUUGCGUCAAAUAGCUUAUUUAUUUCUUUAUAAUAAGCUAAAAAAAUCUAAAACUUAGUGUAUCGAUCGAUUGAUGAAUAAAAGUAUUUUAUUGUAUUGAAACAUCGAAUUAAUUAAUUUUUGACCCUGGAAACUACCCAAUUGCAACAAAUCACAAAUCAGCUUGCUAUUAGGUUAUCAUGGAAUUAUUAUUAUGAAGCCACAAUCAGAUACCUAAUUUUACUCAUAGUGAAUGAAUAACCUUCUUGGCUAGAAGUUUUUCUUGCCUUAAUAUUUUGAAAGUGUGGGUGAGCCAUGCUUCGGCGUGAAUUGGUCGGCUCGAGCAGAGACAUCCUGGCCAUGAUUCCAUGGCCUUACACAAAACCAGCAUGAAACAGCACAGCGUUUUCGCCGUGAAAUGGGAUAGAUGAUGGUUAUCCAUUGACAUGAUAUUGAUUAUGGCUUGAUUAUGAAUAAAUUAUAAAUUGUCGUGGUGGCCUGGAGGUUAAGGAGCCCGCUUCUCAUGAAUGAGGGUGUGGGUUCGAAACCUGGCAAGUACCAAUGUGACUUUUUCCGAGUUAUAUGUACUUUCUAUGAUUAUUUAGACACCACUGACAUACGGUGAAGGUAAACAUCGUGAGGAAACCUGGACUUAUAAUUUCUAAUUGUAAGUUUGAAAUCGCCAACCCGCAUUGAGCAAGCGUGGUGAUUAAUGCUCAAACCUUCUCCUUGUGAGAAGAGGCCUUUGCUCAGCAGUGGGCACUUAUAGGCUGAUGAUGAUGAUGAUGAUAAACCGAUCCUUCCCCAAUCCCUUAAUCUCCAAACCCUAAUCCCUAAAAGGUCGGCAACGCACUCAUAACUCCUAUGUUGCGGGUGUCCUUACCAUCAGGUAAUCCGUCUGGUCGUUUGCCGACUUAUUACAUUAAAAAAAAUAUAUAUAUAAAUUGCUGAAAGUUAGUAAGUGACUAUUUUCAAAGAAGGAUAAGGAUUACAAACACGAACUUAUUUUCAAUCUAUUAAUAGAAAAGUGAAGUACCGAAAAUAUACUA